AUGGAUACCACUAGCAUUACUUCUGUUGCUCCAAUGGAUACGACAGAACAAGAAGGAAUGCCGUCAGACGUUCAAGCUCUAUAUCUAAUGACAAAAUUGAAAUUAGAUCGUUUUAAAGAAAAAAAAUCCAGAUUAGAUCAAGGUUAUGCCAGAAUAAUGGAGCAAAUAAACACCACUUUACCACUUAUAGAUAAAAUUCAAGUUAUGUACGAUGAAAUUAGGCGAUUAUUUGUGUAUGAUGAAAAAGAUGACUAUUUAAACAGUUUUGAGUCAUCACUCAGACUGGCUAGAGCAAGCACAUCGACUAGUGAUAAUUUAUUACAGACUAUGUAUGAUCGAUUAUUGAGAAUACUAGAUGGCGGAAAAAGACGUACAGAAUACAAUUUUCUAUUUGGUUCGAUCAUGUCACAAUGGCUUCAAACAAAAACAAGUGGUGAUAUGACAAUUGCUGAUGAAGAAGAAGAGAAUAAUACAACAGCUAUUGGUGAACGUCUGAUCACAAACGAGAAAUUGGAAACAAUUAUUUUCGAUCGUCCACAAUUAGAUUUAAAUCAAUGGCGUGAUUUUCUGGUGCAUCAACUAUUCCAUUUUAACAAUGAAAAAGAGAAAGAAGCAUUUGAUAAAUUUAAAUUAGGUAUAACUGACUAUGGUGAGAAAACAUUAUUUGAACGAAAAGUAACACCAGACGAUAUUCGUGAGGCGAUUGACGAGUUGCUUAGAAAUGAUUUCUUUGAUGAUCAUCGUAAACGUUUGAUUAAUAAAUUGAAAAUGGAUGCAAGUGCAGUUGAAGAAUUUACAUCAAGUCUAAAUUUAAUGAUCAACGAAAUUGGGGAAUGGAAUUGGCCAUUGACCGGAGUGCGUGGUGUAUUUCGGCGAAAAUUGGCUGGAAGAUAUCGUUGUUUCUAUGAGGAAGAUUUUCUCACCGCUGUUUUUUUACAAUAUCUAGGAAAUAAAUGGAGUCAAGAAUUUAAAUACCAAUUGGUUCGUUUAUUUGAUUCUCUUAUGGGUAAGAAUGAAGAUUGUUCAUCUGACUCAAUUGAAUAUAAACGAUAUAAAAUGCGACGCGAUGAUUAUUGGGUAGCAUUACUUCAUAGCGAACGUGAUGAACGUCAUUAUCCCACAACAACCACUGCGUAUGACGGUUAUGACGAUGGUAAUGGAAUUGUGAAUAUGAAACAGAAGCUAUUGUAUUUAGUUAAUGUUGAAAUACAAUUACAUCAACAAUUGCGUCCACAACAACCAUUUACAGUUGUUUGUGCCGAUAUGGAAUGGCUUGGUCCGUCGAUUUCACAUGAAGUUGUACAAAUACUCCUUGAAGUAUGUGGUAUUCCACGAAUAUGGCUAGAUUUUUUCGAUCGUUUUCUGAAAAUGCCAGUCUAUUAUCAACCGGGUGAACCAAUUCGUAUUCGACAACGUGGUUGUCCCAUGUCGCAUUCUCUAUCAUUUCUAUUUGCAGAAUUAUUACUAUUUGCUAUGGAUUUAUAUGUUUAUCGAAACACACAAAUAUUUAAUUAUCGUUUACAUGAUGAUUUUUGGUUUUUUGAUUCACAAUCCGAAAACAUACAAAAAGCAUGGCAAUUGAUGUGUGAAUAUGCUGAUCUGACUGGUCUAAAAUUAAACAAGGAAAAAUGUGGAUCAAUAAAAAUUGGAGACAAUGCAACUGCAGCACAGUCAUUUGGCGAUGCAGCACUACCGCAAAAUCAUGUUAAAUGGGGUUUUUUAUAUUUACAAUCCAAUGGUCGUUUUACCAUUCAAAAUGAUUUACUUGUGCCAUAUUUGAAUGAAAUGAAAGAACGAUUGAAUGGAGCGAAGUCCAUUAUGGCAUGGGUUACCAUUUAUAAUAAAUAUGUAGCAUUUUUUCUACGUAAUUUUGGUAAAUGUGCUAAUGUACUGGGUACCUAUCACACCCAACAAACAAUUAAAGCAUUUCAAUAUAUUCAUCAAUAUUUGUUUCCAGAUGCACAUGGAAAUGCAUUGACAGUCUUAAUGCAAUUAAUUGUUGAUCAGUUUAAACCUAUAACAAAUUCUUCUUCCGAUUUAUCUGAAUGUUGGUUCUAUUGGCCAUUGACAAAAGGGGGUUUAGGAUUGACAAAUGUUUAUUUGGAAGUCUUUGCUAUUCAUAUACAAUUGGAAAUGAAUGCAAAACUAGAGACAUUUUCAACAUUACCCAUAAAAGAUAAACAGUUAUAUGAUGAUUUAAUUAUACACUUUCAAAGUUUAAUAAAAAAGCGAUCAUUCGAUUUAUCAAAACAGUUUCCCGAUCGAUAUCUUCAUGAUGAUAAUACAUUUAUUACUUUCGAUGAGUAUAUAAAACAACGUGAAGCCUAUAUGCCACAUUGGACGCAUGUUUAUGAAACAUUGCUUGAAAUAACACAACCUGCUUUACCGCAACCAACGUCGAUAGUCAAUAAAUAUCACCUGUCUCAAAGACGGAGAAGAACACGAAAUAUUUCCAUGAAUGAUGCUUAUUCGGAAUGGUUAGCCUAUUACUAUGGUCAACAAUUGGAAGAUACAUUUAAUCAGUUAGACUUUAUCGAUUCACAGAGUUUACCGAUCGGAUUGAUUUCAACGAUGAAAGCAAGUCAAAUUAACUGGGAUAAAGGAAGAAAAGUUUAUAAACGUCAACAUUCAUCUGAUACACGUUAA